UUGCAGCUCGAAUGGCCUACCUCCUUGUCUGUACAUCUGCUAACUGGACAAAUAUUUGUGUUGGAUUCGAAUGUGGUCUACCAGCUUGAUCGAGCUCAGGAUACCGCUGAAAUUGUCGUGGGCGCCCUGACAACGUGCCAAAAUGCCUCCUCGCGACAUCUUUUGCGAAAUGCGCGUGAUAUCGCCGCAGCCACCGAUGGGUCGCUGUAUGUCAUAGAAUCGGAUGGAAAGAAACUGAAUCAGAUUCGACGCCUGUCCGCUGAUCGCACGAGUUUCCCAGUGGUUGCUGGACAGAAGACAGCCUGUGCAUGCGACGUCGCAGCAUGUGGCUGCGAUGACACGGCUUCACCAACAUCCGUCAUCUCGGUGAAAAUGGCACUCUUCAGCGCUCCAUCGGCAAUUAGUGUCGACGCCGUCGGUCGCGUUUACGUCGCUGACACGGCGAAUGCGAAAGUGAAGCGAAUCGUAUCGCGUGUUGCGCGUUACGAUUCGAUCGCUCGGCUGUAUAGUGUGGUUGAUGCGGAUCGGAAUGAGCUCUACAUGUUCAAUCGCUAUGGCCUGCACACUUCGACGCAAUCUUUGAUUACCGGUGCAGUACUGUACAACUUCACCUACAAUGUAGAUACCAGCCUAGGUCGCCUAACAUCAAUUCACGGAUCCGGCGGAUAUCAGCUACGAUUCAUCCGUGCAAAUGAAUCCCAUUGUACAAUUGAGACACCGUCCAGUCAGCGAACAGUUCUGGUUACCAGUAUCUACGAUGGUGUUAUCGAAAGCGUUCAAACAGGUGUAGGAGACUCAUCCUCAUCACGUAUCAUCUACAUGGAUGACGGCUUCUCUGUGUCACAUGGUGGUAUGACGUCGUUGUUGGAUGCGCACACACAUCCGGCACACGGUGAAAGCAGUGUACUGAAAAUGAAAACUACCCUUGAUGCGCUACAGAAUCCGAUUCGUCGUCCGCUAACGUCACGCUUCGACUGGCGUCCAUUCGUGAAACGUGGUGGAGCUGAGCGCCGAAUCGCUGAGGUUGGCGCUCGACCCAGG